UAAAGUAUAGGUGCCUUAAAUAUAACCCCUUGCUUCCCUACUCCCAUCCCCACUUGCCUACUCUGUCUGUGUCCCUUUUGGUCGGGAGAAUCAACCCAUUUUUCCGGCGAUUCCUUUCAUUUUCUCUUGAUUUUCUUCUCAUUUUCCUUCUGUCCACCUUUAUUACAUACCUAGUCUAUAUCUCUUAUGUAAAUUGUGGGUUUUCAGCGAAUUCUCACAACUGGAUACUCCUCAAUAGCCCAUUCAAAAACAGAGAAGAAGAAGAAGACAUGAUCAGCUUGGGAGACCUGUACCACGUUCUGACAGCUGUUGUGCCACUCUAUGUGGCCAUGAUUUUGGCCUAUGGGUCAGUGAAGUGGUGGAAGAUCUUCAGCCCCGAUCAAUGUUCUGGCAUCAACCGCUUUGUGGCCCUGUUCGCCGUUCCUCUGCUCUCCUUCCACUUCAUCUCCACCAACAAUCCAUACGCCAUGAACUACAGGUUCAUAGCCGCAGACACGCUUCAAAAAGUCUUAGUCUUGGCGGUCCUAGCCAUAUGGUCAAGAACCAGCUCAAGAGGCUCUCUGGAGUGGUCCAUCACUCUCUUUUCCCUUUCUACUCUUCCCAACACUCUGGUGAUGGGCAUACCCUUGCUAAAGGGCAUGUAUGGAGACUCCUCAGGGACCUUAAUGGUCCAAAUAGUUGUCCUCCAGUGCAUUGUUUGGUAUACUCUGAUGCUCUUCUUGUUCGAGUACAGAGGAGCUAGGAUCUUGAUUGGUGAGCAGUUCCCGGACACUGCUGCCUCCAUCGUUUCCUUUCGCGUUGAUUCCGAUAUCGUUUCUUUAGAUGGGAAAGAGCCGUUACAGACUGAAGCCCAGCUCGGAGAAGAUGGGAAACUCCAUGUCACUGUCAGAAAAUCCACCAGCUCUCGCUCUGAAAUCUUCUCCAAACCAUCCCUUGGACCCAACACUGGUGUUUCCUGUACCCCAAGGCUUUCCAACUUGACUAAUGCUGAAAUCUACAGCCUUCAGUCUUCUAGAAACCCAACUCCCAGGGGUUCCAAUUUUAGUCACACUGAUUUCUAUGCAAUGGUGAAUGGGAAGAACAUGAGUAAUGUGAGUCCAAGGCUGUCGAAUUACGGCUAUGAUGAAGAGGCCACCGGUGUCGGCAUGAGACCACCAAGUUCCAUGCAGGGGUAUCCUACGCCUCCCAGCACCGGAAUAUUCUCUCCGGUGGCUGGACCCAAUGCAACUGCCAAGAUAAAGCCCAAUGGGACUGAUGCCACUGGUAAGGAUCUUCACAUGUUUGUUUGGAGCUCGAGUGCUUCUCCAGUCUCAGAAGGAGGCAUUCAUGUUUUCAGAGGUGGAGUUGCUCACCAGAAAGAUCACGAUGAGUUUGGGCGAGAUGAGUUCAGCUUCGAUAACAGACCAGUUUCUAAUGGGAUUGAUCGAGAGGGUCCGGUGCUUUCCAAGUUGGGUUCCAGCUCCUCCACCACUGAACUCCACCCAAAGACUUGUCAUGGUGAAUCAAAGGCCACAGCAAUGCCACCAGCUAGCGUUAUGACCCGUCUCAUUCUCAUUAUGGUCUGGAGGAAACUCAUUAGAAACCCAAACACGUACUCCAGCCUUAUUGGCCUUACCUGGUCUUUAGUCUCAUAUAAGUGGAACAUUGUUAUGCCUGCAAUCAUAGCCCGUUCAAUAGCCAUUCUUUCUGAUGCCGGUCUUGGAAUGGCCAUGUUUAGCCUUGGAUUGUUCAUGGCAUUACAACCAAGGAUGAUUGCAUGUGGGAACAGAAUUGCUAGCUUUGCCAUGGCAGUUAGAUUCCUUGCCGGUCCUGCUGUCAUGGCAGCAGCCUCACUUGCUGUGGGACUGCGAGGCGUUCUGCUACACAUUGCCAUUGUUCAGGCAGCUCUUCCACAAGGGAUUGUGCCCUUUGUGUUUGCCAAGGAAUACAAUGUUCAUCCUAACAUACUGAGCACGGGGGUUAUUUUUGGGAUGCUAAUUGCUCUUCCUAUCACAUUGGUUUACUACAUCGUUCUAGGACUUUAAAUCUCAGUGCAAUAACAGUAGUUAGUUGAAAUUAAGGUAGCUCCUAGCUUGUCGGUUCUCACCCUUUUGGUACUGGGGUUUUGCUGCUAACAGAAGAACAGAAGAACGUAGAGAGGAAAAAGAAGAGAUGUAAUGAUGAGAGAUAUUAAUCCAGAAUUGAGGUUUUUGUUUUUGGGAGCAGUAUGUAUCUUUGUUGCCUUUAUCUAUAAAAUGCUUCGGCUUUUGUUUGGUA